AUGAAGAACAUUCCUUAUGCAUCUGUAGUUGGGAGUUUGAUGUAUGCUCAAACUUGCACCAGACCGGACAUCAGUUUUGCUGUCGGAAUUCUGGGGAGAUAUCAAAGUAAUCCGGGAUUAGAUCAUUGGAAAGCUGCAAAGAAAAUUCUUAGAUACUUGCAAGAAACAAAGGAUCACAUGCUCACUUAUCGAAAAUCUAAACACCUUGAUGUGAUUGGAUAUUGUGAUUCUGAUUUUGCUGGAUGUGUUGAUACAAGAAAAUCAACAUUUGGCUACUUAUUCCUUUUAGCUGAAGGAGCAAUUUCAUGGAAAAGUGCGAAGCAGUCCGUCAUUGCUGCAUCCACUAUGGAGGCCGAGUACGUAGCUUGUUUUGAGGCUACUGUUCAUGGAUUAUGGUGGCGGAACUUUAUUUCAGGACUUGGAAUUGUCGACAGUAUAGCCAGGCCGCUGAAAAUUUAUUGUGAUAAUUCUGCAGUAGUUUUCUUCUCUAAAAACGACAAGUAUUCUAAAGAUGCUAAGCAUAUGGAAAUAAAAUACUUUGCCGUUAAAGAAGAAGUUAAGAAACAAAGAGUGUCAAUUGAACAUAUUAGCACACAUCUUAUGAUUGCAGAUCCUUUAACAAAAGGAUUAGCGCCUAAAAAAUUUAAUGAACAUGUUAAUAAUAUUGACAGAAAUAGUCUUGAAAUAAAGACACUAAUGUUGGACCAUUUAUGUUAUCCUUAUUAA